AUGGGUUUGUGGGAUGCUUUUCUCAAUUGGCUUCGUAGCCUCUUCUUCAAGCAAGAAAUGGAACUUUCAUUGAUAGGUCUUCAAAAUGCAGGAAAGACAUCACUUGUUAACGUUGUUGCAACCGGUGGAUACAGUGAAGACAUGAUCCCUACGGUUGGCUUCAACAUGAGGAAAGUGACGAAAGGAAGUGUCACGAUAAAACUUUGGGAUCUUGGUGGUCAACCUAGGUUCCGCAGCAUGUGGGAACGCUACUGCCGUUCUGUUUCUGCCAUUGUGUAUGUAGUUGAUGCUGCUGAUCCUGACAACCUAAGCGUGUCGAAAAGCGAACUCCAUGAUUUGUUGAGCAAGUCGUCGCUUAGUGGUAUCCCACUUCUGGUCCUUGGUAACAAAAUCGACAAGCCUGGAGCACUGUCCAAAGAUGCCUUGACUGAGGAAAUGGCACUCAAGUCUCUUUCUGAUAGAGAAGUAUGUUGCUUCAUGAUAUCUUGCAAGAACUCCACGAACAUUGAUCAAGUGAUUGAUUGGCUUGUUAAGCACUCCAAGUCAGCGACCUAA